AUGAGUCCACGACGCAACAGUGAAGACAUUGAGCGAAUAGAGCGUGGGUUACGCGAGACUCUGAAAGAGCAAGCGCGAAACUUGCAAUCUUCGCUGGCCGCUCUGGCGGAAAAAAUCGAUGAGGUCAAGAACGACCACGACAAGCUCGAGACUGAGAACCGCUUCCUGCAGGACUACAUCGGCGGCUUGACGAGAACCAUGUCGAGAGAUAAUCUCGGCCGAAGUACAAGCACCAGCAGCAAGAAGAAGGGCAAACGAUGA